GGAACAUUACCAGGAUCUCAUAAGGCAGUGUCAAACAAUGCAUUCAAGCAUUGGAACUGGGUCACUUGCCUAUCCUAUAGGAUCCAAGGUUAUGGAUAUGAGGUCAUCCUCCAAAGAUGAAAGGCAAACGGAAACCAUUGUCAAAAGUAGACAAUCUUCCAUUGAUAGUACUGAUAACAUAGAAAAUUCUUGUGACUUGAGCAACAAUUGUACAGACAUGUCACUUGCUGGCCAAAGGGAAAUUUCUAGUGAUCCCACUGAUCUUGUCACCUUGAGGGUGAGUACUGAUGUGCAGCACGUGACUAUUCUUCUUUUAUGCCUACCCCUGGACACAGCAGCAGUUCCCCUAAAUGGAGAAGAUGAGAAUGACUUUGUUCCACAUGAGGAUGAGAUUGUUGAUGUGGUGAGAACAGAUAGUCAUCUUGAAGUCUACAAGGCCACAAGAAAUCUAGCAAGGAUGUCUGAUAUUCUUGCUGUCUAUGCAUGGGUUGAUCCUGCAACUGGUAUGAGUGACUUGCUGUCUUCCUUUGCUGUGCUCUUUGAGGAUAAUGCAGAUGCAUUUUGGUGCUUUGAGAUGCUCAUAAGGAGACUGCGCAAGAAUUUUCAGAUGGAAGGGCGAAGUCAAGUGAUGAAGCAGUUGCAAGCAUUCUGGCAUAUCUUGGAACUUACGGAUGGGGAAAUGUUUGCACACUUGUCAAAUAUUGGUGCUGAAAGUCUCCAUUUUGCAUUCCCAAUGCUGCUGGUUCUAUUUUGAUGAGGGCUAUCUUUUAACAAGGCUCUUUUGUAUGUUGGAGAUGAUGUGGGGCACUGACUUUGAUUAAUUCUUGGCUUACAAUUUAGAGGAGAACUGUCUGGAGGUAUUAAUCGUAGAGCUCCCAAGGGACUCUGGAUCAGAAAUCAAAGAGGAAGACACAGAAUAUGGAAAUGGUAGUUUAAAGGGCACCUUACAGUCAAACCAAGAAACUGAGGAGCAUUCAACACCCGAUAAUGAUGGAAUAAAAUCAGCAUCCACUCAUCACUUUUGUGGCUUGACAAAGAGUUCUUGGUCUAAAAUUGAACACCUACAAACAUGCGGUAUUAUCUCAACUUGGAAUGGAGAUGAUGAGCUACCUGUCUUUUGUGUGGAAGCAGUUCCUAUCAUGAACCGCCAUAAGAUUGUCAAGGAAACCCAUUCAAUUGAUGACAUGAUAAAGAUUUUCAAUGAUAAGCUACUGAAGAUACAUGUCAGAAGAUGCAUACGAACAGCAAUCAAAAUCCAGAAAAAAUAAUUUUACAAGCUAAUCAAGAGGCAGAGCUCUACAGCUCCUUAUUUAGAGUAGGUCCAUGCCAUUUCCUGCCUAUUCUGGUGGAAAUAUUAGAGCGUGGCAGUCUGAGCACUAUUAUGUGGAGCCUAGAAUCCCUACUGUGGACAUGGCAGGAGAAAAUUUGGUUACCCUUAGAUAUUUCAUGAUUGAGGAUUAGAAAGCAGAAAUUUUCUGUUGAAAGAUUCAUCCAAUAUUUGCACCUAUGUUACUCAUUCAAAUCUAUUAUGAGUCACUGGAAAGAUCAGGAAGAAGAUUUGAAUUCUUGUGGUGCAGCUAGGACUGAACCAAGCAUGAUCUGCUACUUUUCCUUUUGUAAGUUACCAUUCUUGUAUAUCUAUAUAACAAAUUAUUUGCGUUAAAAUUUGUUAAAUCUUAUCUUGCGUAUUGAAUCUACAGAAAGAAAAACUAAAAUUUGCAUUUAAUAGUUAGGUGUAGAGAUUCUGGCUAGAGAUCCUUUAGGAGAUAUCUCCUAGGAGCUUCAGCUUUUGGACACUAUUCAUGUCUCAUGAAUUUAAAUUUCCCUCUUAAAAACUUACACUUUUAAAUAUUUUUUUAACUUCAAAAAGCUCUUAAACAGUAAAAGUUCAAAAGCUUCAAAUCUAAACUUUUCAUAAACUCCCUUUCUACUUACUUUUCACUCCCUUUUUCACCUUCCUAAAAGCUAAAGCUCUAUUUUCCCUCCAAUAAAAAUUUAAACUUAUC